CGGUCCAGUCGUGCAGCAGCCGAAUGGGAUGCAGGCUAGAAUGAGAUCGUCGUCGCAGCAUACAGUCGCAGCAGACCUAGUCGCGGACUUCGUUUCAGCAGACCGUCUUAGUCGCAGGACUGAGUCGCAACAGACUUGAUCACGAGACUUCAGGAGUUAGCCAGUGUACUUCGUCGCAAGGCUUAGCGCUAAAGUCGUCGAAUCGCGUCGAAUCGAAAGCCCGUGAAGCUCUUAUCCAAUUUCGCCAGUCACGAUUCUCGGCUAACGAUUUCGGGAGCUCGUCGAGCGCGACUCACCUCAUCCGCGCAUCGAUCUGCCCCAAUGCGGUCCUCCUCUCGCCUCCCGUCACCCGUCGCCGCUUUUUGACGGUCUCUAGGCGCUGGAUAAGACUGCGACACGCUUACUGAGUGCUUAGGCUCCUAGACGGCGCUCCGCGAUGGCGCCUUCGCUUCGUGCGAUUCGUGCGACGUUCGUGUGCCUGUCGCUGAACCUGACCCUGUGCAAUGUCUUCAACGGGCGCCACUAUACCGCACCGACCCUCCCUCCCCCCGCGAGUAGCAACAUUGCGAAUGCGAACAGCAGGGAGGGGGAAUCCGCAGCGUCAGCGGGGUUCGUGCUGCCGAGCUCGGCGCGCAGCUGCGAUGAGGACGAGAUGAUCAAUGGAGCGAAGGGGUUGCUACCCUCGUUACAGGAACUCACAUGGAGUCCCCAUCUAUGUGAUUGGGAAACGCACCUGAUCGCAUCAGUGCCGAAUCAGAGGAGCAAAGCACGCCGCCACCUCCAACGCGUGGGCAUCCGCACGUGCCUUCUCCCACUCAUUAGAAAAGGAACCAGGCUGUUCAAGCUCCUCCCUCCGCCUUCCCCCCUUGCUCCUCUUCCCUCCCCCUGCGAUCCCCCGUCCCCUGGGCGAGGGGGGAAGCUGCUGCUGGGGGGAACCGACCUUUGCGCGUUGAUGCACCUGGACGGGGGAAACUCGCAGACAAUGACUGAGAAAAAGGGAGGACAGGCAGGGGCUGAGGGAAGGGAUGCGGUGGGAAAAGGGUUGUCUGCAGCAGUAGCAGGUAGAAAAGCAGCAGAAUCUGUUUGGGAGGCGGGUAAUGGGGAGGGUGCCAAUGCUGGCUUAAAGAAGGGGGUGAGUCAAGAGACGGGGAAAGGGAGGCGAAAGGAAGAGAGCAGGGGAGGAGAUAGCAACCGACAGGGACAAGGAGAGAGCAGGCGGAACAAGGAGGAGGAGGAGGAAGAGGAGAGGAGCAAAUCUCUGAGGAAAGGGAGAUCGUUGGGGCAGAGGGAGCAGGAGGAGGCAGGGGAGCAGAGGGGAACAGGGGAGCAGAAGAUGCAGAGUAUGAGAAAGAGAGAGCAUGGGGAUGAUGAUGGCGUGAAGGGUGGUGAUGGAGGUGAUGGGGCUGAUGAGGCUGAUGGGGCUGAGGGGGUUGGAGGCAGGGCGGGGGAGAAGAAGAGCAAGGAAAAGAGGGGAGGGCGCGAGAAGGAGAAGCAAGGGGGGCAUAUGAACAAGGAGAUGCUGAUUCGAGCAGCCAUCAGCCAGAUGCAAGCCAAGAAGUUCAACGACGCCAUCAAGCUCUUCAACCUCGUGGAAGCGGAAGGGGGUGAGAUGUCGGACCAGCUGUUCAUAGGCAGGGGCCUCUGCCACCUGUUCCUGCGCCAGCUGGACGACGCGGAGGAUGACUUUACAGAGGGCAUUCGGCGCUACCCUCAGAGUGCCGAGCUGUACAGACGCAGGGCAGUGCUGUACAUUGAGAGGAACGAGAGGGAGGCGGCUGUGGAGGAUUACAGUCGAGCGCUGGAGAUAGAGCCCAACCACCUGGACGCCCUGCAGAAUAGAGGCACGAUUGCCUUCCACCUGCACUUCUACAGCAUGGCCAUCUCCGACCUCUCCAAGGCGCUCGAGCUGCGCCCCAUGGACCCCUUCCUCAUCCGCGCCAAGGGCAUAGCCUUGGCGGGCUCGGGCCAGUGGCGCAAUGCAAGCGCUGUGUUUGCGGAGGCGGUGAAGCGGCACCCCAUGUCCGCCAACCUGUGGACGGAGAAGGGCCGCGUGCACAAGGAGCUGGGGGAGGUGGACCUCGCCCUGGCGGCAUUGCACAAGGCUUUGGCUCUGGAGGACACUCUUGAGGCGUACAUACGCCUCACAUCCCUCAUGCAGCUGGUGGGCCGCCACAGGGAGGUGAUCAACACGGCGCGCAGGGGCCUGAAGCUCAGCCCCGACGACAUUGAGCUCAACUACCUGGAAGCUUCUGCGCACCAUGCGCUGGGCGACUUUGAGGCAGCUCUGGUCCAGUAUUCCCGCAUCCUUGGCUUCUCACCCACAGACAGCAACACCGGCACUCUCCAGGGCAUGGCAUUCUACCAGAGGGAGAUCGCCGCCUACACGGUAGCCAAGCUGGACCUGCCCUUCACGCACUUCCGCCUCGACUACGAGCUCGACAACGACCUCAAGGAAGCAUGGGUGCGGAAGCAGUCGCCCCUCACCAUCCUCCCCACAUACCGUCCCCUCCCCGUGCGCCUCCCCCGCAACCCCCCUCGAAUCCGCUUCUCCCCCCAAGUGCGCGCACUUAUCGCCAAGGCGGACGAAAUUGGCCGGCGCACGCAGUACUUUGUGGAUGGCUUCAUGCCGCACAAGAGACAACACCGCAUGGCGGGGCUUGCCGCCCUGGACCUCAUGCAAAGAGUGAAUGCCACGUGGCAGCAGAUGAUUGAGGAACAAAGGCGGGCGGAUGGGGAAGGGGAGGGUGAAGGGGGUGGACUAGGAGCGGACGAAGCAGGGGAGAGGGGGGGGGCUGAUGAUAGUGCGGCUGAUGGCAAUGAUGGGGAUGAUGUUGCCUCUAGUGAUAAUACGGAUAUUGAUAGUGAAACUGAUAAUGGUAGCAGCGAAAGGGGUGGGAGAGGAAGGAGAGGCAGGGGGAGGAGGGCAACUGGGAGAGGAGGACAAAGAGGAAGCAGACGAAAAACACCCAGAGUGUCACUCCAUUCGUCAUCAGGGGGAGCAAAGAGAUCCAACGGCCGGGAUAAGCCUGCCAGAUCACCAGGCCGAUCCGACGGUGCAAAGCUGAUCAGCGGGUGGCGGGACAUGUUCGAUGGGAUCAUCCGGUGGAGGCAGCACGCGGAGCCCUGCGAUACAAUCACGUGGAUCGACCAGCUCAAAAACGAGUACCCCAGGGGCUUCGGUACAAUCACAGCCAUGCGAGUAGGGCAGAUGCACAACCUAAAGUACUACCCGUUUCAGGACUGGGCGUUUGAGGUCAUGCGCUCGGUGCUCCUAGAGACCGAAAUGGCGUCCAAUGCCACCAACUGGCCACUUCCAGUGCCGCGGCGCGUGCACGGGCGGGCAAUUGAGGCGGCUCGGGACUUUGGGGAUCUGCACCGGUCGGUGGGGGAGAACUUCUACGUGACCACGCAGUGCUACAGCGAGGCAUUCCCCGGGCGCAUCAUGAACGGCACACAGCUCACUCUUGUGGAAUCAUCAGGUUCCUACGACUUCACAAUCCGCACAGCGGUGACGCCCGAGCGCAGCGCUGAGUUCUUCCAGGAGCUGCAGAAGACGUGGGAGGAGCUCAGUCUGGCCGCCGCGGACACGCGCACGCGCGCCACCGACAUACACCUGUACCGGCAGCGCGUGCGCGAGGGUGUGCUGCGCAUGGGGUACUACUGGUACCAGUUCAUGCCGCUCACACGGGGCUCCGCCAUGGUGGGGAUCAUCUCCAUCCUCGGGCUGUCGCUCGCUGCUGACAUGGAGACCCUCUCGCUCAUUCCCAAGGACACCCAGGUGGACUGGGAGGCGAUACUAAAUCCCCGUUUUAAGCACUUCAAUGACUCGGUGUCGCCGUGGUUCUACAGGAAGGUUGCGCCUUCACCCUGGCAUUUGCCACGUGUCAGUGAGGCCCUGCCCACGACGCGCCACGUCAUCGCUGCCCUCAGCUAUGACCUGGAAUCCGACGAUGAUGAGAAGGAUUAUGACAAUGAUGACGAUUGAGAGGUGAACAUUUUAUUUUCCAGGAGUUAUAGAACACUAACGACAGAAAUAAAGCACUACUCCUUGCGGAUUUCAUUGAAAGAAGUGCCUAAGGGUUUAGAGCCUGCUCUGUCUAUCCUAAACAACGGUGUUGU